CCGCCACCGCUUCAGUUCCCGUCCGAUCGGAAUGCAGUGUAUUGUUGGUGGCCCGACGGCGACACACGCGCGCAACUCGCUAGCUCCGCCGCCGCCGUUCUGUUAUCAAUAGUUUUCGCGUUUUGGCCUCACGUGCGCGCCGAUAACACCGACCGUUUCGUGCUGUGUGAUCCACAUCGAUCGACUUUGUCUGACCAGCCCUGGCCGCACCAGAAAUCGGUGCUAGCAAUCCUCGUCAGUUGACCAAGGUCGCGGUCACGGCGGGAUUCUUGCAGUGUCCACCGCGGUACGGAAGACACGUCGCCGCUGCACGGUCGAGCGCAGAAGAGCAGCGGCUGCAAUAACGGCCGUCCGCCGCGGUACGGACGUGCGGCGGACAUGCACACGGCGCGCGCCGCCAGCGUAACGCCAUGCCGGAGCUGUCGCCGGGUGCGUUGUCGUUUUUCGCCACAUCCACCGCCGCCCCCGACGACCACCGCCACCGUUUUCGCUGUCCUCCCGACGACGACGACAACAACCACUUUGCAGCGUCGUCCGCGACGACCGUCACCUUCCCGGCCGCCGGCACCUCGGCCACAUCAUCUGAAGCAGCCGACCGUACGGCGUUUUUCGUCUGCCGUCGCUUGAACGACGCAUCAUCAGCCGCCGCCCACCGCCGAAAUGACAGUGCUGAAGAACCGACGGAUGAUGGCCGGCCGUCCGUUUUCCGUGAAACGCUGCGUGGCGGCGCUCAUGGUGCUCGGCUUCCUGUCCAUAUUCUAUUACACGCACUACCUGAGUUCACCGAUCGCCAGCUUGCUGAUGCGACGGGAACGCAAAAUGGUUCGGAUGCGACCGUAUGGCAUGUGCCCCCACUUCCAAUCAACACCGCCAACAGAUCACAGACCGCCUCACCAAGGAUCAGGCGAUGGCCGUCCUAGGACAGACCCUAAGUUGUUGUUACUCGUUGAGACUGCAUACCCGAGACUCGGCAGGGAACUGGCCGAAACACUCGUCCAUAAUAGACUGAGAUAUAAAAUGGAAGUGGCCGGCAAAUCGUUACCGGCGCUGACGAAUUUGGACAAAGGCCGAUAUUCCGUCAUCGUGUUCGAGAAUUAUCACCGGUAUCUGAACAUGGACAAAUGGAACAGAGAGCUGUUGGACAAGUACUGUAGGGAAUACGGGGUCGGCAUAUUGGGAUUUUUCCCACCAGCCAACCGCCACAUGACCGGCGUCAAGGUCAAAGGAUUUCCGUUGUACUUGCACACGAAAUUGUCUCUCAAGGACGCCAUGCUAAACUCUGCGUCGCCGGUGUUGAGAGUUGCCCGAGCGGGUGGUGUAUACCAAGGGCCGCUUCCGGGCGACGAUUGGUCCGUGUUCACCGCCAAUCACACGACGUACGAACCGGUGGCUUGGGGCAGCAACAGCAGCGGUGGACAGGCUGAAUAUGUCCCGCUUGCCACGGUCAUGCAGGACCAUGGCAUGUACGAUGGGAUAUCGAGGGUGUUGUUUGGCAAUGGGCUCAACUUCUGGCUGCACCGGCUGUUAUUCCUCGACUCGCUGUCGUACCUCAGCAAGGGGCUGCUGAGCAUAUCUCUCGAGCGACAGGUCCUCGUGGAUAUCGACGAUAUAUUCGUCGGCGAGAGCGGCAUCCGGAUGUGGAAGGAAGACGUGCACGACUUGAUUAAGACUCAAGAUCGGAUCCGUCAGCUGGUGCCAGGAUUUAAAUUCAACUUGGGUUUCUCGGGAAAAUACUUCCAUCGGGGCACAUGGGAGGAAAACGAAGGAGACGACACAAUAUUAGAAAAUGUAGAUAAAUUCAACUGGUUCUGUCACAUGUGGAAUCACAUGCAACCACACCUGUACAAUAAUGAAACGCAUCUAGAGUACGAGAUGUCACUGAACAAAGCGUUUGCCGAGGCGCACGGGAUACCGACCAACUCCAGCUACUCAGUAGCACCCCACCAUUCCGGAGUUUAUCCGGUACACGAACUGCUAUAUACCGUUUGGAAAAAGGUCUGGAACAUUCGAGUCACUUCAACUGAAGAAUAUCCGCAUCUGAGACCCGCCAGGCUGAGGAGAGGAUUUGUCCAUAGAGGCAUCAAGGUGUUGCCAAGGCAAACUUGUGGCUUGUUCACGCACACCAUCUAUGUUGACCGGUACCCGGGAGGCCUAAAAAAAUUGGACGAAUCCAUAAUGGGCGGAGAACUGUUUCAAACCAUUGUAUACAAUCCUAUCAACGUAUUCAUGAGCCACAUGUCCAAUUACGGCAGUGACCGGCUAGCGUUAUACACCUUCGAGUCGGUAUUCCAGUUCAUCAGGUGCUGGACAAACUUAAAAUUGGUAUCAUCAGGACCUCUGGAACUGGCAGACAAAUAUUUCAAGAUGUAUCCAGAAGAAAUUGAUCCAGUUUGGGGUAAUCCUUGCCUGGACCAACGCCAUCUUAAGAUCUGGUCUUACAAAAAAUCUUGCCAGCAUCUUCCCAAGUUUCUAGUAAUUGGACCUCAGAAGACUGGGACCACGGCAUUGUACACAUUCUUGUCAAUGCACCCAAACAUAUCAGCAAACAUUCCGAGCAAAGAAACGUUUGAAGAAAUCCAAUUCUUCAAUGGCCGCAACUAUUACAAGGGAUUAGAUUGGUACAUGCAAUUUUUCCCUUCAAACGACUCUGUGGACAACAAGAUUGUAUUUGAAAAGUCUGCCACCUAUUUUGAUUCAGACAUUGUACCUAAACGAGUACAGGCGCUACUGCCCAACGUAAAACUUGUGACCAUAUUGAUCUCGCCGGCAAAACGAGCAUACAGCUGGUAUCAACACGCCAAAGCCCACGGUGAUCCAAACACUCUCAAGUAUUCGUUUCAUCAAGUCAUAACAGCCAAUGAAUCAGUCAUUCCAAAAUCGCUGAGGGACUUUCGUAAUAGAUGCUUAAACCCAGGGAAAUAUGCACUACACAUCGAACGGUGGCUGGACUAUUUUCAUCAUAAUAAUCUACACAUAAUUGAUGGCGAUCAGCUCAAGUCCAAUCCUGUGGACGUGCUGGACCAGUUUCAAAAGUUCUUGAAAAUUACACCGCUGUUUGAUUAUUCUUCUCACAUCAGAUAUGAUGCCAAGAAAGGGUUCUUCUGUAAGGUUUUGGAGAGUGGUGGUAAUAAGUGCCUAGGCAAAGGCAAAGGGCGACAGUACGCCACUAUGGACACAGAGUCAUACAAAUAUCUCCGAGAGUAUUAUAUGCCAUACAACACAGCUUUGGUGAAACUGUUGCGCAAGCUGGAGCACACUACCAUCCCACAAUGGCUUAAAGACGACCUGAGCUAUUCAUCCACCUGACAUUUGCUUCGUGGUAGAAAAAAGAAAUACCAGCGGUUGUUGGCUGGUGUAUAUUCUACCACGAAGAAAUAAAAAUGCUGAAUUUGCCAUAUUCAUAUGAAAUCUAUAUUAUAUUACACUUUUUUUUAAUAAUAAUUG